ACCCGGCUGGACAGCCAGACGGGUGGACAGACCGGCGGCGAGCGGGUGCCGCUGCCAUGUAGCUGGUACAUACAUGGCCUGUUCUCUACAAACCCUCCUCUCUGCACUCGCCGGGGGCUUCCAGUGAAUGAAUGGGCUUGCUGCUGGUGCCGCUGCUGGUGCCGCCGCUGGUGCUUCUGAGAUCUCCCCAGCCUCUCGAUUUCAUGCAGAGCCGUCUACCCGUCUCUUCUUAGCUGCCUCCUGUCUGUCUCUCUCUCUCUCUCUGUCUGUCUAUCUAUCUGUCCGUCUUGUCUACGGCCCACCCACCACCAUCCACACACACACACAUCCCCCCCCCCUCUCCUCCCUUCUCCCUCCUCCUCCUCCUCCUCCUCCUCCCUCCAAUCCACACGCCCGCUCAUCCACCCCAGUUCUUAUUCCAUGUCCCCCAUGUCUAUCCCCAUGUCCCGUCCCAUAUCCUCGAACCCCCCCUCCUCCCUCUCUCUCCUCAACGCCCAAUACCUGCCCACUUACUCACCCUCACCCAUUCCUCCUCACCCAUUUCCGCACUUCCCCCUCAGUAACCAUUCCUACCGCGCUUCCCAGCUCCGCCGCGCAAAUUGGCCAGCUGCCUAUCCGACUUCUAUUUCACCGGUUGCGCCUCCGGCUUCGUUUGUCCGGCCCAUUCGCCUUUGCGACAACUCGGUCUGACCGGACCCGAGCUCAUCUCGCCGGCGGUAGCUGAGGUGUAUUGCCGAGUUCGACGGAAUCAUCGUCGUAGGCGCGCACAUCAUAACCACGGGAUCGGCAAGCUACGCGGAUACAUACCUACACACAUAUAUAGAGAGAGAGAGAGAAAGAGAGAGUUGCCCGAUUCGCAACCGGCCGGAUACCUCGGACAUCGAUUGCAA